AUGCCUCGGGGUCAGAAGAGUAAGAAUCGUGCUCGUGAAAAAUGCCGCCGGGCACAGGAAGAAACUCAGGGUAUGCUGGGUCCUCAGGCUACUGCAGCAGUGGCAGAAGAGCCCCAGGUCUCCCCAUCUCCUAGGUCCAAAGAUAUUCUCCAGGGCUCACCUGCUGCUGAGGCACCUAGUACUCCACAGGGUCCUCAGAAAGCCCCAUCCACCAUCACUCCUGCUGCAGUUGCCCUGUGCCCAAACUCUGAUGAAGAUAUCAGUGACCAAGAGGAGGAAAGUCAAAAUCCAUCACAGGUCCAGCCUACCAUUCAGCAUUUUCAGAGAGGCCCUAUAGAUAAGAAGGUGGGAAUGUUGGUGCAUUACCUGCUGUACAAGUAUCAAAUGAAAGAGCCCGUAACAAAGGGAGACAUGCUGAAAAAUAUAAUCCAAACGUACAAGAACCACUACCUUCAUAUCCUGAGGAGAGCCUCUGAGCACCUGGAGCUUGUCUUUGGCCUUGACAUGAAGGAAGUGGAUACCAGCAAGCACACCUAUGUUCUCGUCAACAAAUUGGAAGCUAGCUAUGAAGGGAGGGUAAGUGAAGACAGAGGCUUGCCCAAGACAGGCCUGCUGAUGAUGGUCCUAGGGGUGAUCUUCAAGAAGGGCAACUGUGCCACUGAAGAGCAAGUCUGGGAAGUGUUGAAUCUGUUGGGAGUAUAUGCUGGGAGGAAGCAUUUCAUCUUUGGGGAUCCCAAGAAGCUCAUCACCAAAGAUUUGGUGAGACAAAGGUAUCUGGAGUACCGGCAGGUGCCCAACAGCGAUCCUCCAUCCUAUGAAUUUCUCUGGGGUCCAAGAGCUCACGCCGAAACCAGCAAGAUGAAAGUUCUGGAGUUCUUGGCCAAGGUCCAUGAUACCAUCCCCAGUGCCUUCCAAUCCCGGUAUGAAGAAGCUCUGAGAGAUGAGGAAGAGAGAGCCCGAGCCAGAGCUGCAGCCAGGACUCACAUCAGUGCCAUGGCCAGUGCAGGUUCCAGGGCCAUGUCCAGCAGCUCCUCCUGCCCCAAGUGA